AUGGAUACUAGUCAAAUCAUUUUAUUGGAAGAUGAAUUGAAUGAUUGUAUAGCUGAUCAACAAGAGGAGGCUCAAAUAGAACCUACUCAUGGAAGCCCAAAAAAUUCAAAUACUCCAAGUAGACAUAGCAAGGAAAUUGUAGAAGUACCAGAAAUUGUAUUGGAAGAUGAAUUCAUUGGUUGGAUAGUUGAUCAACAAGAGGAGACUAAAGUAGAACCUACUCUUGGAAGCCCAAACAAAUCAAAUACUCCAACAAUUGGCAUGAAAUUUGAUUGUGAUGAGAGUGCAUAUGAAUUUUACAAAGAAUAUGCUCACCGAAUUGGCUUUAGUGUACGGAAACAUUUUGUAAAGCGAGGAAAUGCAGGGCAAAUUAUAAGGAGAACAUUUAGUUGCUCAAAAGAGGGUGAACGAGCUGUUGACAAACGUCACGAAAAUGCAUCUUAUCGUCGUCCAAUUUCACGAAUAGGUUGUUUAGCACAGAUGACUUGUCAUCUUCAAAAGGAUGGUAUGUUACAUGUUGUUUCUUUUCAUGGUCAACAUAGUCAUGAGUUUGCUCCUUCACCAAUGAAACAUAUGUUAAGAUCGAAGAGAAAAAAUUCAUCUGCUCAAAAAGCCAUUGCAAAUGAUGUAGAGAGGUCUGGAAUAUCAAUUAAACAAACCAUUGAAUUAUUGAGCAUGCAAGCUGGGGGUCGUGAAAAUCUUGGGUUUAUGGAUGUUGACUAUAAGAAUCAUGUACAUAAUGAGAGGAUGAUGGCUUUGAGGAAAGGAUAUGGACCUGCUAUGAUGGAGUACUUUCAUAAGAUGCAAUUGGCAGAUCCAUCUUAUUUUUAUUCAAUACAAGUUGAUGAUGAUGGUCAAAUCAUGAACAUUUUUUGGGCUGAUGCUAGAUCAAUAGUUGAUUACGAGCACUUUGGAAAGCAGCCAAGAACUAUACUUACAGAUCAAUUUGCUGCAAUGGCUAAAGCAAUAAUAGAGGUAUUUCCUAAAUCUAAUCAUCGUUUGUGUGUAUGGCAUAUUUAUCAGAAUGCUACUAAGAAUCUACAUCAUGUAUUUCAUCCAUCUAAGCAUUUUGCAAAUGAUUUUAGUGAUUGUUUGUAUGAGUAUGAAGAUGAAGAUGAAUGGCUUGUUUCAUGGGAUUAUAUGCUUAAGGAAUAUGGUCUUAUUGAUAAUAAAUGGUUAUGUAGCAUAUUUGAUGUGAAAGAAAAAUGGGCUAUGAUAUAUGUUCGACAUAUGUUCACUGCUGAUAUGAAAAGCACCCAACGUAGUGAAUCAAUAAACAAUGUGUUGAAGAAAUACUUGAAACCAAAACAUGAUUGUGUGCGCUUUUUAGGACAUUACUCUAGAGUUUUGGUUGAUAAGAGACAUCAAGAACUACAGGCAGAGUUCAAAAUGAGGCAAAUAAAACUGAUUUUACAAUCUAAUGUAGAGAUGUUGAGACAUGUUGUAGAGCUGUACACUCCAAAAAUUUUUCAAAUGUUUCAAGACGAAUAUAUGAAGAUUGCUGAUUGUACUAUAUACAAGGCUAAUAAAUCUGAUACUAUCACAGAAUACAAGGUCAAAUACAAUCAAAGAAUUCAAGAGCACCUAGUUAAAUAUGAAGCCUCAACUACAACGGUGGAAUGCAGUUGCAAGAAGUUCAGCUUUGUAGGAAUUCUUUGUGCCCAUGCUUUGAAAGUUCUUGAACAUAAAAAUGUUAAAGGACUUCCCAUCCAAUAUGUAUUGAAAAGAUGGACGCAAGAUGCAAGGGCUAGUUCUAUCAAGGACUAUCAUGGCAUUGAUAUUAAAGGUAAUGCUCAAGAGUCGAUAGGAAAACGCUACUCUCAUUUGAGUCACAAUGCUCGUGAAAUUUCCACACUUGCAGCAAAGAAUGAGAUAAUGUAUGAACAUACCAAAGAAUGUUUUGAAAAAUUAAUGAGGGAUUUGCAAGAGAUUAGAAAAAAAUGUCAUUCGAAUAAUAUGGAGAGUUGCAUAGAGGUCCAUGGUGAUGUUACUACAGAUGUUUUAUAA